GGCCUUUUAGUCUUUCGGCGUACGCUCGAAGGUGAACACCACCGUAGCUAGCAACAGCCCGGUCGGCAGCACCUGUUGCUUCGGCUCGCGUUUUUUUGUUUGUUGUGCUUCUGCCCGAAGAACCACGCUUCGAGCCAUCUUUUGCGUCUGAUUGGAGCGCUUGCUUGCAUAUCGGCAUUGCCGCGAUUCGUCAGUCAGUGCGCGCGCGAGUCUAAUCAACGAACGCUACAGGAAAAAAAAGUGUUCGUCGCCGCCUCGCCUCGGGGAGAUUUUCCUCAACUCGUGCAUUCGUCGCCGCUUGCAGUGUUGUUUGCCUCACCUUUCGGGAUUUUGUUUUGCUACUCAUUUUCCGUUUAAUCAUUCAAUUAAAGCUAAUUUGCUUGGAAGAUUGCCGUGAAGAGUAACUGAAGAAGAAAACCGAGAUAAAAACAAAAAAGUGCUUCUUUUGUGGUGAAGCUGGGAGAUGUUCAGAAUGUGAUGAUUGAUCUGGAAUAGGGAAUGUGUAAGGUGGCAGCGGUCGUCAAUCAUUAAACGGUAAAUCUAAUGAAGAAAAUUCAGCCCUGUAUGAUAAAGAAGUGUUAGAAUCGAAGUGUUCUAUUGACAACAUGAAGCACGGUGCUUCAUUAUCAUCAAAACUAUUAAUGACAGUUUGAUAGCAUAGUUAUUCUACAUCUCUGGACCGAUGAAAAACCCGUUGCAACGCGUUGGAGGAAACUUGGAGCUACGCACAUUUUGAAGCAUCGUGUAAAGAUUCCUGCACCGGAAAAGCGAGUAAGAAGAUCAGUGUAAAACUUCAUAGUGCAUCGCGACAGUAAAUACAAAAAAGCCACCAACCUGCUGCUGAAACAUGUUUCCGUUCUUGUAAGUGAUUUUGACAAUUAAUCAUGGAUUACCAGGCCAAGUUGCCAAAUGUGAAGUCGAAUCAGAAGGAUUAACCACGGUUGCUGCGUAGGCCAUUGACGGUCAUCGACACAAGUCACGUUUCGCGUCGGAGUGCUUCUCAUCUGUUUAAUUGCUAGUUGUAGUCACCGUCUGUUAAGCGCAUAUGUCAUUGGGUGUGACGAAGUUCUGUCGGCGCCGGGGCUGAAUUUGAUGACACUGCGAACUGUCGGCUGCAGGAAAGAAAAUAUAUACCUACGGAGCUCGGCGAAGACUUUGGAAUUGUGUCACGUUGUACUGCAUAUACUGCUGCUGGCUUGACCCAGAUAAAAUGUGAUGCGUUGGUGCCAAGCUUUUAGUACUGAAAAGAUGCCGUAAUAAACACGCACGCCGACCAGCAUCCCGCAUCCCGAUCGGUUGCCAUGCGUUUGUUCAAAGCUAAAAAGCUGUCGGAAAUUCAGAUUGUCCUGUCAGAACCACCGGCGGAAGCACCAUCCAAUAGCGGCAGCACCCCACUGGAGGCUACCGGUGCCAAACGUAAUGACAUUAUCAUUUCAAGCAUCACCCAAUCAGGUUCGGCAUCGGCCAACGCUGGGUCACUCUUAUCGACAGCAGCUGCCACAGUGGUCACCACAUUAUCGAGCAAUGGUCUGCUGCAGCAAUACCACCCAUCAACGUCAAGCCCGACGACGACAGUGACAACAGAACUCUCGAGCGGAACGAAAGUUGCCAUCGAAGCUAAUGGUGCCACAGCCAUCAUUCAGCCGAAACUGAUGGCCAACGCCACAGCACCACUUGCGAAUGAUAAAAUUUGCACAAUUAAUAACAAAACCGAGAAUAUUAGAUUAUCGGGGAACGGUCGCAAUCAAGCCACUGCGGGUUUUGCUGCUAGUGGCAUUGGUGCAGCUCUGCUGUCAACGGGACAGCCACAACAGAUGCAUCACCAUCAGCAGCAUCAGCAACAACAGCAAUCGUCAAGUUUCCAACAACAGCAGCAACAUUCACAGCCCAAUAAAAUAAACGCAAUCGGACCACUGAUUGGCAGGAACGGAAUUGGUCCCCUACCUGGUUACAAGGUGGUUACAGCUGUUCCGGUCAUGGUGCUAGACGACGAUCCACCCACAAUCACUGUGGAUGCUGCUGCUGCCGCUUCUGUUGUGUCGGCGACCAAGGAGAGCAAAAAUGUCUUUACAUGGGGUCGGAAAAUGGGCAAAAAAUUCGAUCUCCUACGCCGUGGUAGUGAUGCUCAAAAACUUCCUACACCGCCGUCUCCAUCAACAAGCACACCCAGCUGCGUACCGAUCUUCAACACGGAUACGAUUAAAAAAAGUAAAACCAUUCCUCUGAAGGCGUAUCAACCCGCAAAUGAUCCUUUGGUAAAGCUCAAUAACGAACGGUCAUCGGGGACCUUCAAAAAUUUCUUCUACCGUAUGGGAUCUACCGGUAUGCUCAACCAUCGAUCGAGUCAAUCCCAAAAACAACAACAGCAACAAGCCAGCCAACAACAGCUUCUUCAAAUGCAGCCAUCAAGUUCUCAGCAGAAUACGACAUCUCAGCAGGGAUACACGACUAAGAACAAAAAUGACGGACACUCCACGCUGUAUCGUAGUAGUUCAACUAGCCAACUGAACACGUCGUCGUACAUCAAGUGUGACGAUCCGACCGAAGGCAUUAAUUUGGCCAAUGGAAAUCACAAGAACGCCGUCAGCAGUACAAAUCUGAAUGUUUCGUCAAUGGAACAAUCUGCAACGAAACAAUCCGCUUCGGCGAAGUCAUCUAGUUGCGACGACAUAGUGAGAGUUGCCGCGACACAAGAACAGUUGUCCAAGAAGAAUCAUUUUCCAUACGCUUUUCUCCGAUCAAAACUGUCCGUACUGCCGGAGGAAAACGGCGGAUCAGUAAUCAACUAUAAUCGGAUAAAAGAGAACCUUCUGCGAUCGGGAAACCGAGGAUCGGUCAUCAGUUUACGAUCGGAUUUGGAUAACAUUUCUAUAACUGAUUCACAGUUAAAUAUUUCAGACAAUGGGGACGUCUUUUUGACUGGUAAUGAUUCAAAAUCUAUUACGACAUGCGAUUUGAGCUCGAUAUCUCGUAACAAUUCCAUCAAGACGCUAACGGAUGACCACAGCUUUGUCAGCAACUACCAAAGAUUAAGCAGCUGUCUCAGCAGCAAUGAAUCCGGAUACGAUAGUGACGGUCGCCAUGCAGAGGAUAAGAUCGACGAGAAUGGAUCCAGCUCGACAGCCAGCAGUCUAACGGUACCACAUGGUGCCUCUAGUUUGGUAGAUCCCUAUGCGGAUGCUAUACGUAGCAAGGACCAGUCUUAUAUGUUCGGUAGCCGGAGAAGAAUGUCCUCGUCAAGCUCGAUAGCAUCGGUGCAAAAUUUGGACUGCAGCACAAUCAGACGACGAUUUCGACAAAUCAAACUUGAGAAGCACAGUGGUGACGAGGUCAUCGGUAUUGAACUGACGCCACAAACGGUCAACAUGGACGAGGGAGACUGCGAAACUAGGUAUCUGGUGACAGAGAUCGAUCCGGAAGGAAUUGCUUACAGAGACGGCCGCCUACGCAUUGGCGACGAGAUUGUCAACGUAAACGGACAUCAUUUACGUGGCCUGCAAUCUCCCAGUACGGUACAACGCAUACUAUCGACUUUUGUCAACAACAUUGUAGACCUUGUCAUUGCACAUGACGAGCUAACUACGUUCAAUGCCGACCUGCACCGAAAGAUCAAGAUCGACGCCAGCGUUACGACCAAGCAGGUCAGUGAGCUGGAAGUCAACGGUGGCACCGGAGGGUUACUGUCGACCAAUAUGACUUAUAAUGUGAACCCAAAACAGCAGUCUACCAUCGAAACGGUGGGGUGUACGACCACAAUAAACUGCUCAACACCGAUUUCGAACGGGCAAAUGAAACAACAUCAGCAGCAACCCAAAUCUGCUUUUCCUAUGACACCGAUCUACUCAUCAGCGGAUUAUGUUCCGGUCUAUGCCAACCGUAUCUCGAUCUCCAACACCAUAUGUGACGAUGAAAAGUGGCAAAUGUUAAGUAAGCAACGGAGCGAAGCUCUUGGAAAGGGCGGAUACUCACAAAUCCUUGGGUCGAAACGAGUGAUCAAAGACAGUGAUGAAGAUAUCGUUAUAGUUCCAUCCACCGCGACAAAUGGGAGUCACUCAAGUGAAGCAGGACUGCGCACACUCUACCGCCCGAUGUCCCAAGGUAAUCUGAGCCACCACUCAUCGAUCGCACAUUUGGCUAGUAACGUCGAAUGCGAUGAUGACGAAGAAACGACUGUAUCUCGUCCAAUCACCAUGGUUGAAAUCAUUUCGGAUACCAUUCGAAGGAAUGUUCCUUUCGGUAGCAUCAGUAACAGUAAUCGACAAGCUAACAUAGAUUACCGCUCGAUCAAAAUAAAAAAGCCUGAAGAAAUCCCUAAGACAGUACAAAGAAUCCGACUGAAGUCUUGUAACGAACCGAGUGGUGGUUUAAGUUCUGCUUCUGGUGAAAUUAUUAUCGCUUCGGAAGAUGGUCCCGUGGAAGCAAGUCCUCUGCAGCGUUCAAAGACAGAACAAAAUAUCAGCAGCAAAGAAGAGAUGGAAUGUUCAAUGGACAGUACUAAGUACGAGUCGGGCGUUCGAAUAUUGAUUAAUGAAGAGGGUUCGUCGUACAUCGAAGGAAUCCAUAAAUGCAUAUAUGUGACAGUCACAUUCUACAAAGGCGCCGGAAUGAAGUCACUUGGUUUUAGCAUCGUUGGAGGCCGAGACUCUCCAAAAGGAAGCAUGGGAAUAUACGUGAAGACAGUAUUCCCCAGCGGACAAGCUGCUCUAGAUGGGACCCUCAUGGCUGGUGACGAAAUAAUCUCAAUUAACGACGUAACUGUGCACGGAAUGAGUCAUGCUGAAACAAUUGGGUUGUUCAAAAACAUCAAGGAAGGCCCAGUUGUACUGAAGCUUGCAAGACGAAAGUACCAACGCGCCAAAUCAGUGGACAAUUUGCCAAAUUGAGAUCAGCAAGGCCAUACUCUUUACACUACACAUCAGUCUUUCCAAAUGUGACCACCAGCUGUGUCUUCCAACAGAACUUCCAGCACGCAAAAAGCGGAUACGUAACAUUCCCUAUGACACGAACAUUUUCGAGCUAUGCCAAAAAAGAAUGCCAGAAACUUUAUCUGGUUCUCUCGGCACUUAAUUCUAGUCACUUUUCUCAAUCUUUGAUGUUGCGUCAACGCAAAAAUUGAUAGCUUUGUAAUUCUACUUAUUAAUUAUUAGAUAUGCUAAGUUUGAUAAUAAUUUUAAGUUAAAUCAAGAAUGUUAUAAACAGUAGGAUUUUUCGAAGAAAAUCAUCAAUAACUUAGACUAAGUCACGAUUGACCCUAGAUUUCUAUGCAGCAUGUUUGUACAAAACUUUAUUGAGGUAACAACAAUGCAAUGAUAAUAAAGUACAGAUUUCACUCAUUCGUUUUCA